AUGAAGAAUAUAAAUAUCGAUUAUCAUGGCGAUUAUGGGGAGCCGAGUAGUAGUGAAUACUAUGGUGGUUUUGAUGCUGCCACCAGUGGUAGAAGUAAGAAUGACAAGAAUUGGGAGAACUGGGAGCGCAUAAGAGAACAAAAAUUAGAGAAAAUGAAAAAUAUUUGCUUUGAAAGUUACCGUCAAUCGAAACGAGAUCGAAUGCAACAGGCUAAACCGAAACCGAAACAACUCGACCCAUCGUGGUACACAGACAAUAUUUAUUCAAAUCGUUCAGAGGAUCUUGAGGAGGACUAUGUUACCGUCAUCGACACCUCUGAUCCAGAUUGGUGGCAAGGUAAACUACUGGGCCGCGUGGGUUACUUUCCAUCCAAAUAUUGUGUACGACUGAACGCCAAUGAGAAACCGUUACAAGUUACACAUAAUUUGCAAGUGUCAGAUGGUGAGCGAGGAGAAAACAUGACGCUCCUCAGAGAUCAAAUCGUUAUACAGACUGGCGAUGAGGUCAACGGUAUGGUGAUGGUACGCUCUGCAGACAAUCGUCAGGGAUACUGUCCCGUCAAGUACCUGCAAGAGGUGUGA